ACAGUCCCCUAUCCUCCAUUCAUUUGGCUUGUCUCGUUUUAUCAACUAGUUAUAAAAUCUUUUAGGAAAAAAAUUGAAAAAAUUCCAUGCGGAAAGGAGUAGAGAACUGCACCAGAAACAGAGGUAAGAGCGAUUCGCGAUGCAGGCCCACCAUGCGAUGCCCGAUUUCCGGUGCCGAAACAACUGCCAGCACAAGGAGUGCCAGCGGCAUGCUCCCUUGGGCAUAAUUGACCAGCACACACAGUGCAAGUGCUUGGGCGAGGUGAACGCCUCGUCGAUAUUCCUGGAGAACGUCCUGGAUCUGGCCAACACACUGGCCCAGGUGAUGAUCAUCUGCGGGCUGCACGAGUGCAAGGCCAAGUCGACGGUGGACAUCAUCACAUACGCCUUCCUGCACUACGACCAGGUGUGCUAUUGCAUAGACACCACACCCAAGAAGCGAUUGCGAAAGGAGGACUUGUUCCACGAACUGGGUAAGAAGUCGCUGAUGAACAAGGUUGAAGCACACUUGGCCUAUUCCAUCAUCAAGCGCGGCUUCAAGGCCUUCUACUACGAGCCAAAGCAGGAGUUGACCUACGACGAACAGGGCAGGCCGUCCUACAAUGACGAGUGUGUUUGGGUGCAUGCCGCCAGGAAGUCAGCUGAGUCCUAUGCCCGAUUCGAUGGCCUCUCCUGCAGCGAACAGUGUGCCUACGAGGCCAAGAUCAAGAUAGCCUUCAAGAAGUUCUACGAUCGCAUGCAGACGCGCAAAAGGCAGCCGGAGGGCGAUGACUGCAACUGCUGUUUCUGCGCCAAGAAGCGCGGUCAUCUGGUCUAUGCCAAGGAGCCAGUGCCCUGCAGCUCCACCAAGAAGAAGCCCAAGCACGUGUGCCCGUAUUGCUGCAAGAAAAAGCAGAAACAGCAGUACACACAUCCCGCUCGGCAGCCGGCCAAGUGCCCCAAGUGCCACAAGUCGAGGAAGUUCUGCUGCUGCACCAAAAUGGACUUCAACCUGCAGUGGGUCAAGAGCAUCUGGGAGCGGCCGGACUUCAAUCAGUACUACAAGAACGAGAUCGCCGAGAUCGAGGACCGCCUGGUCAAGGGCACCUGCUGGCUGCCGCCGGAGCCCGAGGAGAAGCUGGGCGACGAGGCCGAGGGCGAGGAGGAGGAGGAGAUGCACGCCGAGAUGCCGCCGGACACGCUUCUGGCCCUCGGUGGCAAGCCGGUGCCCACGAACGCGGAUGAGGAGUCUGCGCCGGGUGGAUCGCCGCUGGGCACCAAGCAGCCAUCCCUCACGGAGGCCGAGGUCGAGGCCCAACCAUAAAGGCGCCUGCGAAUCGGCGCUACCAGCACUACAAAUUGUAGUCUACCCUUCCGGCUAGAAAAUUUACAGUGCCAGCAGAUGUGACAAAGCAUUAUAAUUAAAGCCAUACAAAAAUAAACACGUGUACUGUUCUGUAAAUCAA